ACAGAUCUUAAGAAGAGGAGAUGCAAUGAGGCUCGGGAUUUGAACUAAUGCCAUCGCCCUGACUCAUCCAGGGAGAGUAAAGGAGCUCAGAAAACAAGGAUACUAAACUAGAGAGGCGCUUACUCCAAGGGAAAGAGAAAGGGAGGGGGGGUACGUGUAAGCAGGGGGGGACGACAGAAGAGUUCGCUUUCAUGGCCGAGAAGAGCCAAAUCCAGAGCUAGAUCGAUAAUUCAGCCGAAUCUUUUCAACAAUAAGUAAAUAAAGCGCCUCAAAUCCCGGGCUGAGUCAUCGAGUCCAGUUCGAGCAGAAAGACGGCACUUUUCUGAAGGGCUUAAUUAUACAGGAGGCAACGAUCCUCCUUAAAACUACGGAGAGAUCAAGACUUUGAUAUCAGUAGGCAGGCAAAGGGGAAGGAAGGGGAAACGACACGUCCAAUUUUCUUUAGAAAUAAAGGCGCGUUUGGAAAGAGAACUCGCUUCUUUUUUUUCUUUUUCUUUUAAAAAGCCUUUUCAUAGUUAUGCUGACGUUCUUAAGAGACUCGAUAUUUUUGCUCUGCAAGCAGUGAAUUUUGCAUUUUUAUACGUGGGAGGUUUGGGUGAUUCUUUUUUUUUUUUUAAUCCCACGGUCCUGUUUCGAGAGAGAGAAAAUCAGGACUUGCUUUAAAAUAGAAUCAAAAUCCAAACUGCCAGCUGCAUCCGUCUCCACCUGAGCGCGCUUGAAAUCUAAAGCAUCAAAUUAUACGAUUGGAAACCAAGACAGGAAGGGACUGAGUAAGAGGGAACAACAGCUCGAAAUAUUUUUUUUCUCAUUAUUAUUCCCCUCCUGCUUGCAUCUUGGACAAUGUACCAGGACUUUCCGACGAAUUUUGAUACCUCCUCUCGGGGCAGCAGCACUUCUCCAGGGCAUCCGGAAACUUACUCGAGCAUCACAACUCAACAGAAAUUCCGGGUCGAUAUGCCAGGAUCGAGCAACACAUUUAUUCCUACUCUCAACGCAAUAACCACCAGCCAAGAUCUACAGUGGAUGGUUCAGCCCACCGUGAUAACCUCCAUGCCAAGUGCCUACUCUCGCUCGCAUCCCUACAGCCACGCAUUGCCCAAUCUGUCUUCAGUUACUGGACACACAGCCCUACAAAGGCCUGGUGUUAUUAAAACCAUUGGGACCACCGUGGGCAGGAGGAGAAGAGAUGAACAGUUAUCACCUGAAGAAGAAGAGAAGCGAAGAAUUAGAAGAGAAAGGAACAAGCUAGCAGCAGCAAAAUGCCGUAACAGACGCCGAGAGCUGACUGAGAAACUCCAGGCAGAAACAGAGGAGCUGGAGGAGGAGAAAUCAGUGCUGCAAAAGGAGAUUGCUGAACUAGAGAAAGAGAAAGAGAAGCUGAAAUUCAUGUUAAUGGCGCAUAGCCCCAUGUGCAAGAUCACUCCCGAAGGGCAUCAAACCCCUCCACCUCAUAACCUCCAGGCCCUGAGGACUGGAAUGAGUGGCCAUGUGGUGGUGAAGCAAGAGCCUGUGGAGGAAGAGAUCCCCUCUUCCUCUUUAGAUCCUGAAAAAGGGCAGAGAUCUGUCAUUAAGCCCAUCAGCAUUGUUGGGGGGUUUUAUGGAGAAGAGCCACUCAACACACCUAUUGUGGUGACUUCAACUCCUGCUGUUACCCCUGGAACAUCCAACUUGGUCUUCACCUAUCCCAGCGUGCUGGACCAGGAUUCACCACUCUCUCCAUCAGAAUCCUGUUCCAAAGCUCACCGGAGGAGCAGCAGCAGUGGGGAUCAGUCAUCUGAUUCCUUGAACUCUCCAACUCUACUGGCGCUGUAACUCUUUAGCCACCACUCCACCCAGUUACUGUUGGUGGGGGAAAGCUCCACCUCAAGAUCAGAGACAGCACAAUGGCAUUUGAGCACAAGGCCAACAAGAGCCAGGAAAGGAAAUGAUGUUGCUCCAGAUAUUUCCUUAGACAGGAAGACUAGAACAAAUGAAAGCUAUAUCAGUCUGGAGUUGGUAAGCAGCAGUCACCAUCCCAGGACCCAACUGUGAGGGGUUUUCUCUCCUUCACCAGUUACUGCAGUGGAUGUGACCAUCCAUAAAUUGCUAGCCGUUUUCCUGUUAGGCUGAUGAAUGGACUGUCUGACCUGGCUCCUUCUCCUGCGCUAAGUAGUACAUUCCAGUUAGUUGAUCUCAUUUGGGCCUUAACAUUUUCUUGAUUUUUGUUGGAUACCAUGACAUUUCGAAAACUCUAAAGGCUUGCUGAACCACUGCUGAUAUUGAGAGCUGCCUCGUGGGAAUGUUUGCCAUAUUGGGUGGCUUUUGGCACAGGGUGGAAGUUUUGGGGGAGAAGGGAAAUUUAUUACAGGUCCAAAUGGUUCUUCAAAAGUUACACAUCCAGUGUCUUCAUUAGGCAAUGGGGAAAGUGACGGGGAAACUGGUUGACAAAAAGAGAAGCGUCUCCCUGAAGACAAUAGAGAACAGUGCACUGUCUACAAAGGCUGUAUCUGCAACAUACCUUCGUCAGUGGGCUAGGAGUGGUGCCAAGAGGGCUGGGGAAAUGCCAGAGUGGGUUUCCACUAAGCCUUUGUUUCUGGCAUGAUGUCUUCUGUAAUUAGUGUUUGUCAAAUCUGUUGCAGGACCCUGUGUUUUCUUUCCUUUUGGCUGCCAGCCAGCCACUUUGGGUGUGAUGCAGCUUCCUGUGAAGUAUGCCUGAAUCACAUGCUGGUGUUGUUUCUCAAACAAAGCUACCAGCUUCCAGAUUACGGAUGGUUGUCUUUGCCCAGUGCUACCAUUCUUCUUGUGGCUGACCAGGAAAGGGGAUUAAUUUGAGGGAGAACGUGCAAGAAGCUCCCUUGGAGAAAUUUUCCCCUUUGGCUAAAUUUCAAUCAUUGGGACCUGGCCAGGGUUAUGCACAUUGGCACCUGAUGGUAUCAGGCCAAAUCAGUCCUUAAUUGUCCUUUUUCUGGUCCUAGAGACCACU